AUGGUAAGCUCAUCUCCAUUCGUGAUCGGCAUCCAGAACGCCGGCAUUUCCGUUUUGGACCACAUCGUGAACGCUGCCGUCUUGACAUCCGCCUGGUCUGCAGGAAAUUCCUUUCUGUAUAUGUCGUCGUGCUCGCUCUAUUCCUUGGCUAUGUCAGGCAACGCGCCGCAUGUGUUCAAAACAUGUAACCGAUGGGGUGUCCCAUACUGGGCUGUUUCGGCUUCAGCAUACUUCUCAGCAUUGGCAUAUCUUGCUGUUGGGAACUCUAGUUCGCUUGUGUUCAACUGGUUCGUCAACUUCACAAAUACUUCUGGCUUCAUCUCAUGGACCUGCUGUUCUGUGGUGUUUUUCCGCUUCCGCAAAGCUGUCAAAGCACAGGGCAUCGAACAACCGUACAGAUCAAAGCUGCAGCCAUACGGGGUUUAUUUUGGCCUCGCUGGUGCCACUCUCAUGGCACUCAUCAAUGGGUUCACAGUAUUCUUCCCAUCGGAAUGGUCUGUGAGCAACUUUUUCACCGCAUACAUCGGCAUUCCUGCUUUCUUGAUUCUCUACUUCGGACACCGGGUAGUAUAUUGGAAUGAUCCGUGGGCAUGGCGCCCGGAGGAAGUUGAUAUGCACACUGGGUCGGAUGAGAUUAUUGCUGCUGAGCAACCACCAAGACCACGUGGGCCUUGGUGGAAGUUUUGGUGGUGUACAUAA